GCCGUGGGCGGUGCCGCGCAGGCGCGCUGCAGGGCCGGCCCCUGGCGACGGCGGUGUUGUGCCGCGCGGCGUUGCCGGGGCGGGGGCGGUUCUCUCUCCUCUCAUGGCCGCCGCCCUCACGCUGCCGCCGCCGCCGCCGCCGCCCGCCCGCGCCAUGGAGCCGCCGGCGGGCCCCGAGCGGGGGACGCGGGGCCGGGGGGGCCGGCUCCCGCCGUGCCUCAGCGCCGAACGGGCGGAGGGUGAUGCCGCCGCGGAGCUGCCGCGGCCGGCCCUGCGCGGUCGGUACCGCGGGUCCGGCCGCCCGCCCGCCGCCCAGCGCGGGUUAAGCGAGCUCUCUCGCAGCCUGGCUUGGCAGCUGGGCGGCCCCGCCGGGCAGCGGGAGGAGGAGGAGCAGCCCGGCGCCGAGACGUUCCAACCCGCCGGCCGGCAGCGGCGGCUGGUCGGUGAGGGCACGGUGCCGCCGCCGCCGCCGUCCCCCGCCCGGCCUGGCAGCGCCGGCUUGAAGUUCGGUCUGUUGCCGCCGGAGCUGCAUGCCCGGCUGCUGGACCAGGAGGACUACAAGAGCCGCACGCAAGCGGUGGAGGAGCUGAAGAGGGUGGUCGGAGGUGCCAGCCAGGCCGCCGUGACCUCCACGCCUGCCCCCAGCCUCCUGGGGCUCAUCAGCUUCCUCUACACCCUCCUGGAUGACUCCAACUUCAAGGUGGUGCUCGGGGCGUUGGAGGUGAUACAUCUGCUGGCCCUGCGCCUGGGAGACAGGGUCCCGGCUUUCCUGGCGCCCCUGGUCUCCGCUGCUGCUAAGGUCCUGGGGGACAACAAGCUGGCCAUCCGGCAGGAGUACGGCCGCCUGUUCCUGCGGCUGAUGAAGGCGGCGGGUCCUCAGCAGGUGCUGGGCCUGCUGCUGCAGCAGGAGUACCUGCAGCACAAGAACUCCAAAGUCCGCGAGGAGGUGGUCAACAUCUGCAUCGUGGCCCUCCUCACUCACCCCAGCGAGGAGCUGGACUUGGCCAAGCUGGCGUUUGGGCUGGCUCCAGCACUGGUGGACGGCAAGCGCAGGGUCCGGCACGCUGCCAUGGAAGCGUUUGCUGCGCUGGCGUCGUCCAUGGGCCCGGGCAAAACCGGCCUUCUCUUCAAGGCGGUGGAUGCCGUGGAACUUGAGGACAACGGGGACGGGGUGAUGCACGCGGUGCAGGCCAGGCUGGCCAGGAAGACCUUGCCCAAGCUAGUAGACCAAGGGUUUGUAGAGUAUGCUGUGCCCUUGCCGUCAUCUGGUCAUAACAGGGGGUCCGGUUUACCCCCUGGAGCAGAUACGGACUGGCUGUUGAUGGGCAGCAGGACUCAGAGCGCGCACAGUUACUGUGGGUAUCACGCAAGGGAUGACGCUCUGCAAAACUCCAGCUCGCACGGUGCGUAUGCCGACCAAGGAAUAAGUCCAAGGAGAGUCUUGAGUGCGGGUAAAGGAAAAAACAAACUGCCUUGGGAAAAUGAGCAUGCUGGAGACAGAGAAGGUGGUUCGGGAGUCAAGAUGCCUUUCACAAAGGGUGUGGAGCAGUUCUCUACAUCCAAUGAUUUUCUUCAUUCUCCAAAGUUAAGGCCCUCUCAAGGAGUACCAGUCAGUGAUGAGUUAUUUUUUAGUAGAAAAAGAGCUUCAAGGAAUUUAUUUCAGAAUAGUAUAGAUUUUAACUCUGAGCAUUCUUCUGUUUGUGCUGGUGCUAUGGGCUCUCAUCAGCCGCAAAUUUCAGGGAAAUGUGGAACACUUGGAUACACACAGACACGUGGGAAGAGUGGUAGUGUGGACUCUGAUUUACAAUUCUUAGGAUUAAAUAACUGUCAGCAAGGCAAAGUUUGUGCCAGCCUAAAUUUUUCCAGCAAGACCCAGAGAAGUUUUUGCAAUCAAGCAGAACAUAUGAUGUCCUUCCAAGGUCCUAAUGCAAGCCAGGGUACCUUCAUUCUGCCAUCUUACCCUCUGUCAUCGCCAAGGAACAGCCCAAAGCACGUCUCCUCUCCAGCUGAUUCUUCAAAGAAGUCACAAGAUAAUACCAUGAACUUCUCAAACUCCUGGCCUCUUAAAAGCUUUGAAGGACUGUCUAAGCCUCAUUCACAGAAGCAGCUUCUCAGUCAAAAAUCAGGAGAUAAUACAGGGGAGAAUUUGCAGGAGAAACACUCUCCUCUGCAGCUGAAACCCACCCUGGUGAGACCCCCAGCCUCCCGCCGGGGCCUGAAUGGGACCAGACCUGUCCCCCCCAUACCCCGUCUCGCUAGCCCACUGCCCGAUAAGAUUGAAUUAAGUGUGACAAAGUGGAGAAACGAAGAGUGUGAGGACGUGUGGCUGAAUGAAGUGGAUAGGAAGCUUGCAGCUGAUCUUUCAGAGCUAAAUGUUGAUGACGAGGAAGUGGAUCAAGAAGAGAUGCAGAAUUCACUUCGAUCUCUACGAAACAGUGCAGCUAAGAAAAGGGCAAAGCUAAGCAGCAACAUUUCAGAUCUUGAAAGUCCCGAUUCUGCUCUUAAACUUGAUCUGUCUGCGGACUCCCCCUCCCACGCUUCCUCCCCGAGCGCGGGCUCCUACAGCGAAAGCGGAGUUUACAGCCAGGAGUCUCUGACUUCACCUGUGUCCACAGUCCCCCAGAGAAGGAGAAUAACGUCAGAUACCUUUCCACUACUUGGCAGCAAAUCGCACCCUGCAAGAAUAUCUUCAGCAAGAAACAGAGACCCACAUGUUGCAGAACAUAAUUCCAACACAGCAUUUGAUGAUAAGGGGACUUCUAACGUUAGCAUAGUUGGCCAACGUUUGAACUGUGGCAAUGGAUGUGGAGAUUAUGAGGACAAGAAGCAAGAAGUGUCACGUACUAUUUUUCAAAGUCAAAAUACGGAACACCAAAGAAAUUUUAAGCAUUCAAAAGGUCUUACAGAGUCAAUGUCUAGUUUUCCACAGAUGAACGAUCUAGAUUUCACUUCACCAAGUGUCCUGUCUGAAGAUGCAGUUGUAAUUGUUGGUAAAGGUGUUUUUGGAAGUCCUCCUUCUGCACGAACACACAGCCAGUCCCUAACAUGUGUAGCGAAUGGAGAUGACCAAGCUGUCAAAGAGGAGACUGAGCCAUCGUCAGGGAUCUCUGGGAGAAGCAUCCAGCAGAACAGUGCGUCUCAUUUCCAUGUUGAAAAUGUAGAAAAGAUAGAAGUAGCCAUGUCAAAAUCUGCCCAGGAUAAGAUGAGGCAGAAGAAAAAAGAAGAAAAAGAGCACAAACAUAAAGAACAUCAGGAAGUCAAAGACCUCGAAGGAAAGGAAGAAAACCCUUGGGAAAGACUUAAACUGAAUGUACCAGAGAAAAUGACAACAGAAAAGUUAAAUCUCUGUGGGGAUGUAUUAACAUCAUCAAGAAAUGUAUCUUUGUCAUUAGAAAACGUGGCCUUGAAUCCUUCAUUAAAAAGAACAUCCAGUUUGAAGAAGACAAAAUGUUCAGCUUUGCUAGAUUCUGAUGAAAUUUCUCUUGCGGCGCGAGGACGCUAUAAAGACCAGACCCCAUCAGUCACUCAUAGCCCAGAAAUAAUGGACCCAUCAGAACUGCAGCCCUUUUCAAAACCAGAAACGGCACUGACAGAAGCCUUGACACUUUUAGCUGAUGAUGACUGGGAGAAGAAAAUUGAAGGUCUGAACUUUGUUAGAUGUUUGUCUGCCUAUCAUGCGACUAUUCUGAUUGCGAAGCUACAUGAAACAAGUUUGGCUGUGGCUCAAGAGGUCAAGAAUUUACGCUCAGGUGUUUCUCGAGCUGCUGUGGUCUGUUUAGGGGAUUUGUUCACCUACCUGAAAAAGAGCAUGGAUCAAGAACUAGAUAAUACAGUAAAAGUCCUUUUGCACAAAGCUGGUGAAUCCAACACAUUUAUAAGGGAAGAGGUAGACAAAGCACUGAAGGCUAUGGUUAAUAAUGUGACUCCAGCACGUGCACUUUGUUCUCUUAUAAAUGGAGGGCAAAGCCACCUGCAUUCAGCGGUGAGAAGAUGCACAGCCCAGCACCUGUCGGACAUUGUAGAACGUAUGGGACCGGAACGGAUACUGUCUGGAACCAAAGCUGUUGCCGAUCGGAUUUUCCCUGCAAUAGCCAGGUUUGCACAGGAUAGUUCACAACAAACAAGGUAUUAUGGUCGAAAGAUGCUCUUCAGUAUGAUGACUCAUCCUGAUUUUGAUACAACGCUUGAAAAGUAUGUGCCAACCAAGGAUUUGCCUUACAUUAAGGAAUCUGUUAGCAAUCUACGUGAAAAGGGUUUGGGGGAGAUGCCAUUAGAUACACCCUCAGCAAAGGGAAGACGUUCCCAUACUAGUAGUGUUGGACAUUCGAGGUCAUCAUCUACUUCCAGAGAUGCUCUCAACAUCACUGACAGAGAGACUACAGAAGCCCGUGAAGUCACAAGAAAAACAGCUCCUCGUAAUUCACUAGAAAGUGAAGAAUAUGUUAAAGACAUUAUAGGUUUAUUGAAUGCAAAAGACUUCCGUGAUCGAAUAAAUGGCAUUAAGCAGCUGUUAUCAGAUACAGAGAACAAUCAAGGCUUUGUUGUUGCAAACAUUGUGAAGAUCUUUGACGCUUUCAAGUCUCGCUUACAUGACUCAAACAGUAAAGUAAAUCAGGUUGCUUUGGAGACAAUGCAUAAGAUGAUUCCAUUGCUGAAAGACAAUUUAACACCUGUGAUCAACAUGUUAAUUCCUGCCAUGGUAGACAACAACCUGAACUCCAAAAAUCCAGGGAUUUAUGCAGCUGCCACAAACGUUAUUGAGGCUCUAUGUCAACACUUAGACAACUCUUUGCUCCUCCAGCCAUUCUGCACAAAAGCCCAGUUUCUGAAUGGAAAAGCAAAACAAGACAUGACAGAAAAGCUUGCUGGUAAAGUGAUGUUUCACUUUGCAUGUUUGUUUGUUUGUGUACCAUCCUAAUUACGAAAAUUCAUUGUAGGAUGGUGGUGGCUAUGUAUCUUCCCUUCUGUCACAGUAGAUUGUGGGCAUUAACGAUGCAGCAGUUGUCAAAUUUCACCCCCUUCUAAUGCAAAUUGAAGCUACUGCUGACAAAACAAAAGAUUAUUAAUAUUAUAUAGUCAGAUGGAAGAUGUAUAAAUACCUGGAAGGUGUAUAAAUACCUUAAGCUUAUAAUAAUUUUAAUACGGAAUCAGAAAGAAUGAGUUUUGGUUUGUAAUGAGUUUCACUCUGAUCAGUAACUGAGUGGGAUGUACUGUAUUGAGACUUGGGUCCCCACAGGCCUACUUCUGCCCGGUUGGCAAGCGUCUGUUUCGGUGCAGGGGCCAGAGACGCGGGGCCGACUGGGGAGCGGAGGCUUGCCUGCUUCACUUGCUGCAAGUCAUGUUGCCUCUCGCAGUAUUCAUUCCCUCAUACUCUUGCCAGGGAGAAAUGAAAGGAAUGAGUGCCUGCUUUUUCUGAGGUUUCCCAGCACAGAAAAUAUACUGUUCUCUAAGGCUGGCUCCUACUAACUCCUGAAUUUUACUUCUGUGCCCUUUUGUUUUUUGCAGUUGGUCUUGUUCUCAUUUUAAGGUUCUCAAUAAUACAUAUUGGCGUUGAGUUGUAAAGGAGACAAGCUGGCAAGCUGAGCUGCACUCACCACAAAGAUGGCAGACUUUGUAAUGGUCUUCUUCCCAAACUGGUGUCAAAAGCUUAAAGACGAAUUUGCUUAAAAAUUGAAGACAAAUUUUAAUCAGAAUUUGCAUACAUAUUUUAAUAUUGGCGAUUAUUACUAGCAGAAGUGCUGAAUUUUCCUUUGAUGUUUUAAGUGAACAAAGGGUGUCUUUAUGGGAAAUAUGCUUGAACCAAAGAGAAAUUAUUUGGCUUACUUUCAGAGUAGUUCUGUGUGUAGUAGCUACGAAAUUGAACUAAAUAACAUAAUGGACAGUCUGUUCUUGAAUUAUUCCUAAAUUUAUGCUUUCUGAAUGUGUUAGCAACCUUUAAACAGUUCAUCUCUUGCUGGGAUUUUGUGGAGUAGUUUGUAUUAUGUAUCAGAAGAGUCCAUUCUAAUAAAAAGGCAAACAUUUGCAAA